UCUUUCCUCUCAGUAGAAAGAAAUAGAAAGAGAUUCGACUAUUCGCUUAUUAUGCCUCUAAAGCAGUCGCUUUGGCCAUUAUUUCAACCAAAUUCUAGUUGAUUUGUUUCGAUUCUGAUCCUGAGUGGUCUGUUCUAUAGUUAAAUUAGAAGAUUUACAAUUGAUAAAUAUGGCUGAUACGUUAUUUAAAGCUCCUAGAACGAGGAAAUCUCCACGACAAGAUGACUAUGAGCCUCCUCCAUCAUCACAUUCUGGAAAAAGACCUAGAACAUCAGAAGAUUUCCUUCUUUUCUGCAAAUUUAUACUGGAGCAUGAAAACUAUGAAAUGCAGAAACAUGAGGAACUGAGAUCUAAAGCAAAUAGCCCAAUUGGAAGCACUGGUUCUGAAAGCGCCAAGUCAGAAACUCCAUCAUCCAACAGUGGUGAAGAGAGGAAAGUGUCUUCAGACAGUGAUUCAGAUGAUGGUGACAUUGAUGAUGGUUACAACACUGUGACGUGUUAUUGUGGUAAACCCUUUGCUGGCCGGCCUAUGAUUGAGUGCAGUCACUGCUUGACGUGGAUUCACCUCUCUUGUGCCAGGAUCCGAAGGACCAAUAUCCCUGAUGAAUUCAUCUGCGCCAAGUGCCGAGAGAAGGGAGUCACCCAAUUGACUAACCAGUCCUAACCCUUUCUUUCAUAUUUGAUAGUGUAUCUUUCAGUCUUACAUGGGAAGUUGGUUGUUCCCAGACAUUUGCCCUCAUCCCCUUUUGAAAAAAAGAAAAGUCCCAAACUUUGUGAAUUGUAUGUGCGAUUCUCUACCUGCGACAUUUGGUGAAUUUCACAUUCAUUUAGCUAUUCAUAUAGAAAGAACGGAUAUAUUCACUGUUUCCCAUACUUGUAAAACAUUUUGAUGAUUGAUCGUUUGAAUUUCCCCUUUAUUAAAAAAGAAACAAAAAUCGAAUGAGCGUGAAAUUCAUCGAAAAGUGCCCGCACAAGAAAAGAACCCACUGCCCAGUUCCUUCAAAGAAACAAAACAAAUGCCGUUUUUCAUGGUUCCAGUUUUUCUUAACUUCCAAAACUGUUCUAGCGAAUUGCUUUGGGUUCUUAUCUUCAAUUCUCUUGUUUUGGUUGCCCAUCUGACCCCAGCCGCAUAACUAAAGUUGACUAAAUGGCGCUGUCCAUAUUGUACAAAGUUCCGCCCCGUCAUCUCAUGUACGUUUUCCACUGAUGUGGUAUAUAACCUUUUGUUUUUUAAAAGAUUCUUUUUUUUUUCAACAAAUUUUGGUGGAAAAGAAACUAGCCUUUUUUUCGUUUAUUUCGUGAUCCAAGUUUUUUUGCAGAGCUUUUUGGACUUUCAAAACUUAUGGGGAUAACUUGUAAGGGAUGAAAAACCAAGCGUAAUAAUUUUUAUAGUUGGUUUUCGUCCAGUGGCGGUAUAAGAAAAUACGACGUGUAUUUUUGUUAUCAAAUAAGAAAAGUUGAAAAAAUCUCUUGUAAUUAUUUUCGUUAGUAGCAAACCAUGAGGUUAUUACUUAAUGCAAACGUUUAUUAAAGUAUUUACUAAUCUUGGACUAUCUAGGGACAUUUAGCAUGUCGACAAUUUUAAAGGUACCACUAAUUGUAACGAAAGAUUAAAAUUUUUCAAACUAUAAAUUUCGAGCUGACCAAGUAGAUGUAUUGAACAAGCGUACAACUCGAGCAAGAUACAACCAAAAAUUGGGAUCGGUUUAACGUUUGCGGAGAAGAGAUAGAGUGUUGCGUCUCUUCCAGGUGGCUCGGCGAGAUCCGCCAU